AUGGGAGACGGGACUGACCCAGAAUGCCGAGCUCAGGAGCUGUUUGACGAGUUUGUGUCGGCGUCUACCUGCAGGGCGACGCUGCUCUGCUUCAGCCAGCUGUGUGAACACCUGCAGCUGGACCGCGGUGCCGCCGACAGGCCGCUGUACCGACCAAUCCAACGCCGCCUCAACUACUGGAAGGCCAACGCCUUGUGGGCCAAACUGGACCGGAGAGCCGCGCAGCCCGAGUACCGAAGGGCCCGGGUCUGCAGCAACCUGACUUGUGUGGUCAUCGGGGCAGGGCCAUGUGGCCUCAGGACGGCGGUGGAGCUGAGCUUCAUGGGAGCUCGCGUGGUGGUUCUGGAGAAGAGGGACUCAUUUUCCAGGAACAACGUGCUUCACCUGUGGCCCUUCACCAUCCAUGACCUGCGGGGCCUCGGGGCCAAAAAGUUUUACGGGAAGUUCUGUGCCGGCUCCAUCGACCACAUGAGUAUCCGUCAGCUGCAGCUGGUUCUGCUGAAGGUGGCCCUGCUCCUGGGGGCUGAAGUUCAUGUGAACGUGGAGUUCCGACAGUUGCUGGAGCCUCCUGAGGACGAGCCCAGAAACCAGGAGGGCUGGCGGAUGGAGGUGAGUCCGAGGUCCCACCCCCUCAACCAGCUGGAGUUUGACGUCGUCGUUGGAGCAGACGGUCGCAGGAAUACCUUGGCAGGUUUUAGGCGUAAAGAGUUCAGGGGGAAGCUGGCCAUCGCCAUCACAGCCAACUUCAAGAACAGAAACACUUCAGCUGAGGCCAAAGUAGAGGAGAUCAGCGGAGUGGCCUUCAUCUUCAACCAGAGGUUCUUCCAGGAGCUGCGACAAGAAACUGGUAUUGACUUGGAGAACAUCGUGUACUACAAGGACGACACGCACUACUUUGUUAUGACGGCAAAAAAACAGAGUCUGUUGGACAAAGGAGUCAUUCUACAGGACUUCGCCGACACUGAGCUGCUCCUCUCUCGGGGUAACGUGGACCAUGAUGCUUUGCAGAUGUACGCUCGUGAGGCAGCUGACUUUUCAACCAAUCACCAGCUUCCAUUUCUGGACUUCGCCAUGAACCACUAUGGCCAGCCAGAUGUGGCCAUGUUUGACUUCACCUGUAUGUAUGCAUCAGAGAAUGCUGCUUUGGUUCUCCAACGCCAUGGGCACCAACUGCUGGUCACACUGGUCGGAGACAGCCUGCUGGAGCCAUUUUGGCCAAUGGGGACAGGUGUAGCUCGGGGCUUUCUAGCAGCUCUGGACUCAGCUUGGAUGAUAAGAAGUUGGGCUCAAGGUGAAGCUCCUCUGGAUGUCCUGGCUGAGAGGGAGAGUUUGUACCGUCUCCUCCCUCAGACAACUCCCGAAAACAUGCAGAAGAACAUCAGUCUGUUCACCGUAGAUCCAUCAACAAGAUAUCUGAACAUCAGUCCUUUGACUGUCACACCUGCCCAGGUAAGACACCUGGUGGACACAGGAGAGAAGGCGGGGCUGAACACAGAUGAGAGUGCAAUUGUCCGACUCCCCUCACCCAGAAUUCUAAAACAAGAGUCCUUCUCUCCGUCCAAUCAGCUGCUAUCAUGGUGUCAGGAACAGACCCGUGGAUACAAAGGUGUCGCCAUUAUGGACCUGACUACAUCCUGGAAGAGCGGCCUUGCCCUGUGUGCUCUUAUUCACCGUUAUCGACCCGAUCUGAUAAAGUAUGACUCUCUGGAUGAAUCAUCGGUGGAAGAAAACAUUCAACUCGCCUUCGAUGUGGCUGAACGGGAGUUUGGGAUUCCUCCUUUGAUGACGGUAGACGAAACGUCGUCUGAUGGAGAACCGGACUCUCUGUCCAUGGUGAUGUACCUGAGUCAGUUCUACCAGCUGCUCAGAGAACCAUCGACCCCUGCUGGCUGCCUGAGUCAGUGUUCUGAUCUGAGAGCAGCUCUCAUCGCCCCAGCAUCCCUCCUCAGCAGACUGGGAACUAGUCCAUCCAGGAAGAGGAACCCAAAGGAGUUCAGUGACGCUCUGAACAAACGGAGGAGGACGAGCGAGCUGAGGGGAGAGCCUCAGGAGUCAUGUGACCUGAACAGUGAUGGUGACGAGCCAUUUGUGGGCGGGGCAAAUUGGUCCAGGGUCCGUUUGAUGGCCAAUCAGCUGCAGGCAAAGCUGGAUGAGAGCUCUGCACCCUGCACCACCUCUUCCUCUUCUUCUUCAGCUGCUUCAGCUUUUCGUCGACAGAAAAAGCGAACCCUCCAGCAGGAGCAGAUGAGUUUCCGGUUCAAAGAGAGGAUCAAGUCUCAGAGUGCCUCCAGCAGAGACGAGCAGGUGUGCGGCGGCAGCGCCGUCUGCUGCUUCUGUCAGCAGAAGCUUUAUGUGAUGGAGCGUCUGAGCGCUGAAGGCCUGUUCUUCCAUCGUAGCUGCUUCUGCUGCGCGUCCUGCGGAGACGCCCUCAGACCGGCUGCGUACACCUUCGACCGGAGCAGCGGGAGGUUCUACUGUCUCCAGCAUCCAGACUGUCAGCUGAGCGCACCGGCUGUGAGGAGAAGACCGACUGCUUCACAGAGAACAUCACUGGCGUCCGUGACGUCGCCUCCUUCUCUCCCAGACUCUGUGAUCACAGAGGAGCGCCGGCGGUCUUCAGCUGCUUCUGUGAUGGAGAGGAUUGAGCUGGAGAUCUACAGACGGAGCUCCAAGGAGAAGCUGCAGGAGGAACCAGAGGAGGUCUCUGAGGAGACCCUGAACCGCUUCAACCUGAAGGGGGAGUUCAGCCCCUGGGAGGCGGAGCUUCGUUCGGGUCUCUGUCUGCUGUCAGAGGAGGAAGAGGAGGAGUUUACUUCUCACACCUCUGACAUGCUGGAGCAAGACUCCUCCCCCAGCUUCCAGCCCUCCAUCACCUCCUCUGUGACUCCGCCCACCGCAUCGACUCCGUCUACCGCCACCUUCUUUACUUCAUCUGACUCCGCCCCCGAGCUGAUGGUUGCCGAAGCCCCGCUUUCAUCUGUCAUCGUCACAGAGACGGUGCCGUCUGAUGGCGGGGGGCGGGGCUCCUUUGAUGACAUCACACCUGAACUGCCACAGAAAAAAACUCUCCCUAAGCUGAAGGCAGAAGAUCAGGAGGCGGGGAUAAAGGAGGAUGCAUCAGAUGGUGGUAAAAGGGGGAGAAAGCCCAGAGGAACUCAGAGUCUCCCCCAUCACCUGCUGCCUCCUCUGCAUGUUGGGGGUGGAGCUCAUCAUCUACAAUUGACAGGGCUCAUAGAGGCUCCUCUUCCUGGAAAGGUAGAGGUGGAAGGAGGCGGAGCCAGAUCUCUGUGGAAGACCAUGUUCUCUGGAAACAGGAAGGUGAAGAAGAAGGGUGGGGCUUUACCUGCAGAGACGCUGAGGAAGAAAACUGCCCAUCAGACAAGAGCUACAGUGACUGGAGAGGCGUCUGAUCUGGACUCAUCGACUCUGCUCCAGAGAUGUUCAUUGAAACCCCAAAACAACCUGCAUUUGGAGCUGUUGGAUCUUAUGUCUGAAAUCCAGAAAGUCACCGUGGAGGAGAAAGAAGAGGCGAACAAAGAGCAGAUCUAUGUCCCUCAUGCCCUGGCCUUCAGACGAUCUUACCCCACCAAGAAACAAGCCACAAAGGACCGAGUCCAGGACUCUGAUGGACAGUCCUCGUGUCCUACAGAGGUAGUGGGGAUUCUGGUUCACCCAAAGGAAACAUCUAGUCUGAGCGUGAAGGAGAGCAUGUUUCAGAAGGAGCCCGAGGACCAAGACCUGGACUCCAAGAUCACCCGAAGUGUUCAGAGAGCUGCUAGAAGACAGGCCAAACAGGAAGAGCUGAAAAGGCUGCACAAGGCCCAGAUGAUCCAGAGGCAGCUGCAGCAGGUGGAGGUGAAACAGAGCGAGCUGGAGGAGAGAGGAGUGAUGGUGGAGAAAGCUCUGAGAGGAGAAGCAGGGUUAGGUAAACUGGAUAACCCGGCUCUGAUGCAGCAGUGGUUCCUGCUGGUCCAGCAGAAGAACUCUCUGGUCCGAUUUGAGUCCGAGCUCAUGAUAUUUGCUCGUGAGCUGGAGCUGGAGGACAGACAGAGUCGGCUGCAGCAGGAGCUCAGAGACAGGAUGGCUGUGGACGAUCACCUGAAGGAGGAGGAGCAGUUGAAGGAAGAGCGCCUCAUCCUGCAGGAGAUGCUGGAGGUGGUGGAGCAGAGGGACGCGCUCGUGUCUCUGCUGGAGGAGCAGCGGCUUUUGGACCAUCAGGAAGACCAGGACCUGGAGCAGGUCUUGAUGGCAGGACCGAGACUCGGCUGGACCUGA